CACACAUGUCGAUAAGCGUUCCAAAAACGUCAACCCUUUCUUCCCCGUAUCGAAUCAAGACAAACCCCCAAAAAAUGAAAAUAAAAAGCAAACUUUAGCUCCAAAUACCCAAGUAGCUAGCUAGCCAACAUAAAACCCACCAUUUUCUGACCCAGCAUCCUGAAAAUCUCACUUCCUCCGAAUCAAGUCUUACGUUUUCUUCUUCUUCUUUGUAAGUGUUGAUUAUUAUAGCAGAGCAAAUAGGAGUAAGAUGUCUGUUUUGGCAGCCAAUUCUCACGUUCUGUGUAGCAGACAAGUCCGUCACAGUCACAGAGACCAACAGCCACAGUUCUGGAGCAAUGGCGGCGGUUUGCUGUUGUUGCCAAAAGCUUCUGGAUUAGGGUUUAUGGACAGAAACAGAGAUGGCAACAAAACGUUGAAGAGGGACUUGAAAGUUGAGGCCUUUUGGGAUACGGAUACCUCGAGUCCCACGGUUGUGGAGUUGGAAGCAAUCAAUGACUGUCAUCAGCUUGAUCAGAUUCUUAGCCAUGCACAGGAGAGCUCUCUGCCAGUUGUCAUUGAUUGGAUGGCAUCUUGGUGCCGCAAAUGCAUCUAUUUGAAGCCUAAAUUGGAGAAAUUCGCUGCUGAAUAUGACACCAAGAUCAAAUUCUACUAUGUUGAUGUCAACAAAGUACCUCAAGCUCUAGUAAAGCGUGGAAAUAUCUCUAAAAUGCCUACAAUUCAGGUAUGGAAAGAUGGAGAGUACAAAGCAGAAGUGAUUGGGGGACAUAAAGCAUGGCUUGUGCUUGAAGAAAUGUUUGUAAGGAUGAAUUCCAGUUUUGAGCUCAAUUUUUCGUUCCUUGGUGCCUUUGAAGGAACGAAUAAUAUUGCAUUCAAGUCCGUCGUUUUUUCAUGAAAACCACACAAGGUGGAUGGGUGAUGGAAAAGAGCAAGGUGAGGUGGACGGUUUAUAAAGUGGAAUAUAUAUAUAUUGUGUGUGUAUAUAUAUAUCUUAUAUAAAUUAUAAAUUAUUGUUUUCGA